AUGGCGGCGCUUCUUGAAGCACCUCCUCCAUUCUUGAACUGUAACCACCUCCCAUUUCUCUCCUUCAAAACUUCCCUUGGACUUCAAAAUUUCCCUUCCAAAAUACCACCACCAACGUCACUACUAACGUUCACUCCCACUCCCGCUCCUUGCUUUCUUUCAACCGUUAUCUCUUCUUCAACAUCAUCUCUAUCAAUCUCUGAAGAAGAAGAAGAAGAAGAAAAUGAAGCGCCCCACUCCACCGCUGUAGCAGUUACUAAUACUCCUGAUGAGGGGUCCCAGCAGGAUCGCCGCAAAGUGGUUCAAAUUGCUUGGGAGAAGCUCGUUCGAUGGUCCCGCUCUUGGCGCUCCAAGAGCAACAAGACUGACCUUCUUGAACGCACUAACAAGGUGGUUGUGCUUGGUGGAGGAUCUUUUGGUACAGCAAUGGCCGCCCAUGUUGCUAAUAGAAAGUCCAAUUUGGAAGUUCACAUGCUUCUGCGUGACCCUUCACUCUGUCUGUCUAUCAAUGAAAAUCACUGUAAUUGCAAGUACUUCCCGGAACACAGACUGCCAGAUAACAUAAUUGCCACCACCGAUGCGAAAGCUGCUUUGCUCGAUGCAGACUAUUGCCUUCAUGCUGUGCCUGUGCAGUUUAGCUCAUCAUUUCUUGAGGGCAUUGCAGAAUAUGUUGAUCCUGGCUUGCCUUUCAUAUCCCUUAGCAAAGGCUUAGAGCUUAAUACAUUGAGGAUGAUGUCUCAGAUCAUUCCCAAAGCAUUGAAGAAUCCUCGCCAACCUUUUGUUGCACUAUCCGGACCUUCUUUUGCUCUGGAAUUGAUGAACAAGUUACCAACAGCAAUGGUAGUGGCAUCAAAGGACAAGAAAUUGGCAUUUGCUGCUCAACAGCUAUUAGCUUCAUCUCACUUAAGAAUCAGCACUUCAAGGGAUGUUACAGGGGUGGAAAUUGCAGGGGCACUAAAAAAUGUACUUGCCAUAGCCGCUGGAAUUGUUGAAGGAAUGAAUCUUGGCAAUAACUCAAUGGCAGCUCUUGUUGCACAAGGUUGUUCAGAGAUCCGAUGGCUAGCUACAAAGAUGGGUGCCAAACCUGCAACAGUUACUGGCUUGUCAGGAAUAGGAGACAUUAUGCUUACUUGCUUUGUCAGUCUCUCAAGAAACAGAACAGUUGGAGUACGACUUGGAUCUGGGGAGAAGCUUGAUGAUAUACUGAGUUCCAUGAAUCAGGUGGCAGAAGGUGUGUCAACAGCUGGAGCAGUGAUUGCGUUGGCCCAGAAAUAUAAUGUUAAGGUGCCAGUAUUAACAGCAGUUGCUCGGAUCAUAGACAAUGAAUUGACUCCGAACAAAGCCGUUCUCGAGUUGAUGAGUCUCCCUCAGGGUUAUAAUGUACCCGAAACACAACUUGACAUAGAGGUCGACUGA